UAGGAAAAACAUAAAAGUUUUAAAUAGAAAUCAAGAGGAAGUAUAUCUGAACUAUCACCAGUUUUAUAUAAGUCUUUACUCUUUGUUUUAGACAGAAAAAACAGAAAUUUAUACUUUAGGAAGUUAUUUCUAUAGUUGUAGUGGUUCUCAUAUGUCAGAGCUCAACUUGUUAAAUUCUGAAAGGCAUCAGCUAAGCUAAGUACUAUCUUCUUAUCUUUUUAAUGAAAGCUACACUUGACCAUCAAGUAAAUACUUUGUUUUUCCUAUCCAAUACUUGAAAUAAAUUUUGUUUACUAGAAACCUUCACUUGAAAUACCAGUAUAUCAUUUGUUUUACUCUGCAAUUUUAAUUAACUUUAGAAGAUAUAAAUCUGCACAGAGAAAAGCACAAUUCCAAAAUACAAGCAAAAGUAUUCCUUGAUAAUUACCAUUGUAAUUAUAUACUAUAUGUUCAGGGACCAACAAUGCAUCAUUUAAAAGGUUUUAUUCAGCUCAUAUUAUGUGAUGUUUCUUUAAGAAUUUGGUCUGGAAUUCCUAAUUAACAAAAUCAUAUCAAAAACAAUUUGUAAAUCUAAUUAUUUUCAUUAGUUCUUCUUCUUCAGAUUCUUUUCAUCCAAAGCAAGAGUAAUUUCUUUCUUGGGGUUCUUGAAUAUGACUUUUUUCUCUCUUUCACUGAAAAACUUCAGUUGGAGUUUUUGUUGGCAGCUGGUCAUAUGCAUGAGAACUUGUGCCAUUUGGCGGACUCUGACAAGGAGAGGUUAUGCAUCAGAGCAACAACAACUGCUGAGGCCUUCUCUUCUUAAACCAGAGGAGUUAUCCAUGGAGUCUGGAAUUGAUCCUGGCCAGGAAUAUGGACAAGAUUAUUACAGUUAUGAGCAUGGGUAUGAAAUGCCUCAAUAUGGAAGUCGCCGUCGCUUGUUACCACCUGGUGAACAAGAAGAAUACGGUGAGGUGGUUGGUGAAGCUGAGGAGGGAAUUGCGGAGGAAGAGGCAAAGGAAGUUAGAGAGCCUAGUGAGGAGCAAGAAGUAGUUGUCACUAUUGAAAAGCCUCCAGAAGCUGAGCCUACAUACACGACAUGGAAGAGUGCCAGGAUAUUCCCAAUGAUUUUUAAGAAAGUUAGAGGACUAGCUGAUAGAAGAGGCGUCAUUGACCUUGAGGAAGAAGAGUGGCAGAGACGCCUUGAGGAAGAAGAUAGAGACUAUUUGAGACUAGAGCUGGAAGCAGAAGAAGGUUCAGAAAGCACCGUGGAGUCAGAGGAGGAACCUUCCAGUGACUACACUUUGUACACUGAAUCUGAAUUCGAGUUUAGUUUGUCUGAGACGACAGUAGAGUCUGAGUCAGAGACACCGUCUGAGGAGGAGGAAAGCUCUACCGCGGAAUCAGGAUCGGAAUCCACAGAGUCAGAAGGAACAAAGAGAAGAAAAAACAUUUUUCUUGCAAGGAGAAGGCCCAUUGCUGAAGGGGAAGUUCAAGCGGGGCCACCCAGAGAACCAGAACUGGUUCUGGAAGAAGAAGAACGCCCAGAAGGAGAAGAGAGUGAGCUGGCCCCUGUGGAAGAAUCAACAGAGCUUGAAUCUCACAUCGCAGAGGAGGGCAGCGCAAGAUCAGCUUCUGCGGAAGGAAGUGGGGAAAGUGAGGAGGAAUCAGAGUCGUCUAGCAGUACUAGUGAGAGUCAGUCUGGAGGUCCGUGGGGCUUUCAGGUGCCAGAGCAAGACACACGCAAGGAUGAAAACCAAAAGAAACCUCCAGGAGCAAACUCGGAAGGGUACAACACAGCACUUUAAAAGAGAUGACAGGAGGUGGGAGUCUUGCAGUGAUGAGUGCUCUUGUGUGCAGUGCCUCUGUGUGUUCUCUGAAAUGACCCUUGAAGGGGAGGCAAUUGAUCAUGGUUUUGAUCUGACAAGAUUAGAGACAUGCCAGAAAAGUGAAUAUAUAUGCUGUCCACAUAGAUGUAUAUGUUAGAGAGUAUUAGGGUAAAACUGACUCCUCUUUCCUAUAUUGCUAAUUCAGAAGACAUACAAUUGGUUAAUCAAUAUUUAAUAUCACAUAGUGGGAUUUCUGUUAACGCAGUGUGGCAUUAUGUAUUACAAGGAUGCCCUGCCUAUUGGAAUGGAUUAUAUGAAUACAUAUGGUGGUUUUUAUAUCACCUUUAAAAAAAUAACUCCUUAGGACAGGCUGCAACAAAUGAGGUCUCUAAAAGCCUACUUUUGCAUAUAUGUACAUUUCGACUGGCUAAGGUAUAAUCAAAAAGAUCAUGAACAUGUUCAAUUAAGUUUGUAGCUGACA